CGUGCUUCCCAACUUUGCUCAAAGUCGCCAGAAUCGGAGCUGAGGGAUCGCUGGACAGACACUGGGACCAACAGAGGGCCCAGAGGGAAAAGCGCCAAAGACCCACACAAGCAGGGAUGGAGUGGGCCUCAGGGGACAAAGGGAGGGGCCGGCAGGGACAGGCUGUGCCCUGGGAACUUCGACUGGGUCUGCUUCUAAGUGUGCUGGCAGCCACACUGGCCCAGGCCCUAGCUCUAGAUGUGCCUGGCUGUUCAAGAGGAAGCUGCUACCCAGCCACAGGUGACCUGUUGGUGGGCCGUGCUGACAGACUGACUGCCUCAUCCACCUGUGGCCUGCAUGGUCCCCAACCCUACUGCAUUGUCAGUCACCUGCAGGAUGAGAAGAAAUGUUUCUUAUGUGAUUCCCGGCGACCCUACUCUGCUCGAGACAACCCACAUAGCCAUCGCAUCCAGAAUGUAGUCACCAGCUUUGCACCACAGCGCCGGGCAGCCUGGUGGCAAUCAGAGAAUGGUAUUCCCAUGGUCACCAUCCAGCUGGACCUGGAGGCUGAGUUUCAUUUCACGCACCUCAUUAUGACCUUCAAGACAUUUCGCCCUGCUGCCAUGCUUGUGGAGCGCUCAGCAGACUUUGGCCGCACCUGGCAUGUGUACCGAUAUUUCUCCUAUGACUGUGGGGCUGACUUUCCAGGAGUCCCACUAGCCCCUCCACGGCAUUGGGAUGAUAUAGUCUGUGAGUCCCGCUACUCAGAAAUUGAGCCAUCCACUGAAGGCGAGGUCAUCUAUCGUGUUGAUCCUGCCAUCCCUAUCCGAGACCCCUACAGCUCACGGAUCCAGAAUCUAUUGAAGAUCACCAAUCUACGAGUGAACUUGACUCGGCUUCACACGCUGGGAGACAACCUGCUCGAUCCAAGGCGGGAGAUCCGAGAGAAGUACUAUUAUGCCCUAUAUGAGUUGGUUGUGCGUGGCAACUGCUUCUGCUAUGGACAUGCCUCACAGUGUGCACCAGCCCCAGGGGCACCAGCCCAUGCUGAGGGCAUGGUACAUGGGGCCUGUAUCUGCAAACACAAUACCCGUGGCCUCAACUGUGAGCAGUGUCAGGAUUUCUAUCAUGACCUGCCCUGGCAUCCGGCUGAGGAUGGCCACAGUCAUGCCUGUAAGAAGUGUGAGUGUCAUGGGCACACUCACAGCUGCCACUUUGACAUGGCUGUAUACCUAGCAUCUGGCAAUGUGAGUGGAGGUGUGUGUGAUAGGUGUCAGCACAACACAGCUGGGAACCACUGUGAGCUCUGCCGACCCUUCUUCUAUCGUGACCCAACCAAGGAUCUGCGGGACCCAGCUGUGUGCCGUGCUUGUGAUUGUGAUCCUAUGGGUUCCCAAGAUGGUGGUCGCUGUGAUUCUCAUGAUGAUCCUGCACUAGGGCUGGUCUCAGGCCAGUGUCGCUGCAAAGAAUAUGUGGUGGGCACUCGAUGCCAGCAAUGCCGUAAUGGCUUCUUUGGGCUAAGUGCCAGUGACCCUCUAGGCUGCCAGCGUUGUCAGUGUAAUACACGGGGCACGGUGCCUGGGGGCACCCCCUGUGACUCCAGUAGUGGAACCUGUUUCUGCAAGCGUCUGGUGACUGGACGUGGGUGUGAUCACUGCCUGCCUGGCCACUGGGGCCUGAGCCACGACCUGCUUGGCUGCCGCCCCUGUGACUGCGAUGUGGGUGGUGCCUUGGAUCCUCAGUGUGAUGAGGCCACGGGCCAGUGCCGCUGCCGCCAACAUAUGGUUGGGCGGCGCUGUGAGCAAGUUCAACCUGGUUACUUCCGGCCCUUCCUGGAUCACCUAACUUGGGAGGCUGAGGAUGCCCGAGGGCAGGUGUUGGAUGUGGUGGAACGCGUGGCAACCACCGGGGAGACUCCAUCUUGGACUGGCCCAGGCUUCGUGCAACUGCGGGAGGGUCAGGUGCUGGAGUUCCUGGUGACUUCUUUGCCAAGGGCCAUGGACUAUGACCUGCUGCUGCGUUUGGAGCCCCAGGUUCCUGAACAAUGGGCAGAGAUAGAACUGACUGUGGAACGUCCAGGGCCUGUGUCUGCCCACAGCCUGUGUGGGCAUGUGUUGCCCAAGGAUGACCGUAUCCAAGGGACUUUGCAACCAAACACCAGAUACAUGAUGCUUCCUAGAGCUAUUUGCCUUGAGCCUGGCAUCUCUUACAAAUUGCAUCUGAAGCUGUUGCAAACAGGAGGAAGUACCCAGCCUGAAACCUCCUACUCUGGACCUGACCUACUCAUUGACUCGCUGGUGUUGCUGCCCCAUGUCCUGGUGCUAGAAAUGUUCAGUGGGGGUGAUGCUGCUGCCCUGGAGCGCCGUGCCACCUUUGAACACUACCGAUGCCAUGAAGAAGGUCUGGUGCCUGGCAAGAUCCCUCCUUCUGAGGCCUGUGCCCCUCUUCUCAUCAGCCUGUCCACCCUGAUCUACAAUGGUGCCCUGCCCUGUCAGUGUGACCCUCAAGGUUCACUGAGUUCUGAGUGCAACCCUCAUGGUGGCCAGUGCCAAUGCAAACCUGGAGUGGUUGGACGCCGUUGUGACCUCUGUGCCACUGGCUACUAUGGCUUUGGCCCCACAGGCUGUCAAGCCUGCCAGUGCAGCCCUGAAGGGGCACUCAGCAGCCUAUGUGAAGGGAUUAGUGGGCAAUGUCCCUGCCGCACUGGUGCCUUUGGGCUUCGUUGUGACCGCUGCCGACGUGGCCAGUGGGGAUUUCCUAGCUGCCGGCCAUGUGUCUGCAAUGGGCAUGCUGAUGAAUGCAACACCCACACAGGCACUUGCCUGGGCUGCCGUGAUCACACAGGGGGUGAGCACUGUGAAAGGUGCAUUGCUGGCUUCCAUGGGGAUCCACGGCUGCCAUAUGGGGGCCAGUGCCGGCCCUGUCCCUGCCCUGAAGGCCCUGGAAGCCAAAGGCACUUUGCUACUUCUUGCCACCGGGAUGGCUACUCUCAGCAGAUUGUGUGCCACUGCCAGUCAGGCUACACAGGGCCACGGUGUGAAGCUUGUGCCCCUGGGCAUUUCGGGGACCCAUCAAGGCCAGGUGGCAGGUGCCAGCCAUGUGAGUGCAGUGGGAACAUUGACCCUAUGGACCCUGAUGCCUGUGACCCCCACACGGGGCAAUGUCUGCGCUGUUUACACUACACGGAGGGACCACACUGUGCCCACUGCAAGCCUGGCUUCCAUGGUCAGGCUGCCAGGCAGAGUUGUCACCGCUGCACCUGCAAUAUGGUGGGCACAGAUCCCCAGCAUUGCCCAUCCACUGACCAAUGCCACUGUGAUCCAAGCAGUGGGCAGUGUCCAUGCCUCCCCAAUGUCCAAGGCCUUAGCUGUGACCACUGUGCCCCCAACUUCUGGAACCUCACCAGUAGCCAUGGCUGCCAGCCUUGUGCCUGCCACCUAAGCCAGGCCAGAGGCCCCACCUGCAAUCAGUUCACAGGGCAGUGCCAAUGUCAUGCUGGCUUUGGUGGGCGGACUUGUUCAGAGUGCCAAGAAUUCCACUGGAGACCUGGGUUGCAGUGUCGUGCCUGUGAUUGUGACCCUCGUGGAAUAGACACACCUCAGUGUCACCGCUCCACAGGUCACUGUAGCUGCCGCCCAGGCAUGUCUGGUGUGCGCUGUGAUCAGUGUGCCCGUGGCUUUUCGGGUGUUCCUUUCUGCCACCCCUGCCAUGCAUGCUUCGGGGAUUGGGACCGUGUGGUGCAGGACUUGGCUGCCCGUACACGGCGCCUGGAGCAGUGGGCACAGGAACUUCAGCAGACGGGUGUGCUGGGUGCCUUUGAGAGCAGCUUUUGGCACAUGCAGGAGCAACUGGGCAUGGUGCAGGCCAUUGUGGGUGCCCACAACACCUCAGCUACCUCCACACAGCUUGUGGAGGCCACAGAGGAGCUUCGGCAUGAAAUUGGAGAGGCCACUGAGCAUCUGACUCAGUUGGAGGCCAAGUUGACAGAUGUGCAGGAUGAGAAACUUUAAUGCCAACAAUGCACUCAGUGGUCUAGACGAGAUGGACUUGCACUUAAUCUUACACUACGGCAGCUUAACCAGCAUCUGGACUUGCUCAAGCAUUCAAACUUCCUGGGUGCCUAUGAUAGCAUCCGCCAUGCCCAUAGCCAGUCUGUAGAGGCAGAACGUCGUGCUAACACCUCAGCCCUGCUAGUGCAUAGCCCUGUGAGAAACUCAGCAGAUACCCGGCAUCAGACAGAAGUGCUAAUGGAUGGCCAGAGGGAAGACUUCAACCGAAAACACCUAGCCAACCAGCGAGCGUUGGACAAACUCUCUGACCAUGCUCGUACCCUGAGCUUGACAGGCAUAAAUGAACUGGUGUGUGGGGCCCCAGGGGAUGCACCUUGUGCUACCAGCCCUUGUGGAGGAGCCGGCUGUCGAGAUGAAGAUGGGCAACUCCGCUGUGGGGGCCUUGGCUGCAGUGGGGCAGCAGCCACAGCAGACCUAGCACUAGGCCGGGCCCGGCACACAGAGGCAGAGCUACAGCGGGCACUGGUAGAAGGUGGUGGCAUCCUCAGCCGAGUGACUGAGACUCGACGGCAGGCAGGCGAGGCACAGCAGCGAGCCCAGGCAGCCCUGGACAAAGCUAAUGCUUCCAGGGGACAAGUGGAGCAAGCCAACCAGGAGCUUCGAGAACUUAUCCAAAGUGUGAAGGACUUCCUUAGCCAGGAGGGUGCUGAUCCUGACAGCAUUGAGAUGGUGGCUACACAGGUAUUGGAGCUCUCCAUCCCAGCUUCACCAGACCAGAUCCAGCACCUGGCAGUUGCAAUUGCAGAACGGGUUCGAAGCCUGGCAGAUGUGGACACAAUCCUGGCACGUACUGUGGGGGAUGUGCACCGAGCUGAGCAGCUACUGCAGGAUGCACAGCGGGCAAGGAGCCGGGCUGAUGGUGAGAAACAGAAGGCGGAAACAGUACAGGCAGCACUGGAAGAGGCCCAGCGGGCACAGGGUGCUGCCCAGGGUGCCAUCCAGGGAGCAGUGGUUGACACACAGGAUACAGAGCAGACAUUGCACCAGGUACAGGAGAGAAUGGCAGGUGCAGAGCAGGCACUGAGCUCUGCAGGUGAGCGAGCUCAGCAACUGGAUGUUCUCCUGGAGGAUCUGAAACUGAAACGGGCAGGAAAUAGUCUGGCAGCCUCUACAGCUGAAGAAACAGCAGGCAGUGCCCAGAGCCGAGCCUGGGAGGCUGAGCAGCUGCUGCAGGGCCCAGUGGGUGAUCAAUACCAAACUGUGAAGGCCCUGGCUGAACGCAAGUCCCAGGGUGUGCUAGCUGCACAGGCCAGGGCAGAACAACUGCGGGAUGAGGCUCGGGGCCUGUUGCAGGCUGCUCAAGACAAGCUGCAGCGGUUACAGGAACUGGAGGGCACCUAUGAAGAGAACGAACGUGCACUGGAGGGUAAGGCUGCCCAGCUGGACGGGCUAGAGGCCAGGAUGCGCAGCGUGCUUCAAGCCAUCAAUCUGCAGGUCCAGAUCUACAACACUUGCCAGUGACCCCUGUCUAGGGCCUGUUCCAAUCCCCAGCCCCGCUCCGCAUGCCUGUCUGCCUGUACAUUAAAGAGCUCUCAGCCUGGCAGGGCUCUCAAUAAACCAGUGUGAAC